UAGCAAUGGGGAAGGAACAAUUUCGAGAGUCGGACUUGGCGCGGAAGGUUGUUGGUGUAAAAUUCACACCCGGAGACAGCGACUUCAUGCGCCAAGCUGCUCAUAUACGGGUUCUAAAUAAUCGUCUUUAUGAGGACAUUCCUGGAAAAUGGAUUCCGGCUCAAUGUGGGCCUUUGGAUUCGCGACUGGUGAGGGUUUUCGUUGGCACCGCGACCAAGCAUGGUCAGUGUAAAACCUGUGGUAGACUUCUUGCUGAUUGUGUUGGGCAUUUCGGGUACAUCGAUCUCGAGUUUCCUGUUUUUCAUGUUGGAUUUUUCAAGCUGACUAUACAAGUGUUGCAAUGCAUCUGCAAGGUAAGUCAUUUAAUCUCCUUUAUAUUCAAAUUUUUGAUUUUGGUCUCA